GGCUCGCCGUGGCGCAACUGAUAGGGAAUAGGUAACUCAAUAGUCGCUCGCAUAAGAUGACCUCGCGUCCUCGUGCUGAUUGGGGCGCAUGCGAUUAGGUGAAUGCGUAGGGGGUUCUAGUACUACUUCUGUUCCGGAGUAUAUUAUCUGGCCAGUGUUAUUCCUCGUUCCUUCCUCUCCACUGAACCACUGGUAUCUUCUGUUGUCCUACGCAAACAAAGUCGUUCUUUCCCCUGUCCAUCUCUUCUUUGCUUUCCCAUAAACGCAGUCUCCGACUCUCCCUCUAUACAAGUACACCAUAUACCAUAUACCUUAUACCAUACACCGUAUCCUGUAUUCAUCCGACUAUGGCAUCCCUCUCCAUCACUGGUGACUUCCGUCGUCCCGGCGUCGAAGUCAAGCGCUACAAUGAUAAGAAGGCCAAAUGGGCUUAUGGAGGCCGCAGUGCGAGACACCUGCCGCGCCCGACAUCCUUCCCGACCAUUGAGCGCUAUAUCGAUCUCACAGCACGCCCGGCAUUGCCCGGGUCUCAUUACGCGGGUAUGACACGGGCGUUGAAGCGUGACAACCAACACAACCUGAAUAAGCUGGCCAACGGCGCCAAAGUCGCUAUGCGCUGGGAAACCCGCGAGGUCCUCGACGAUGACGGCCAGUCCUCCGACUCAUCCGCCGACGAGUCCAUCACCACGAACGCUAUCCCCGGCCACGUCGACACCACCGCUCUAGAUGACGACGGCUCCCCCAUCCCGUACGAAGUAUCCGGCCAGACGAUUCUCUGCGACGCCGUGGACAAAGCUCUUGAGAGGUACGAGACGAAGGAAACGGAGAAGUUGGUCAGGGAGUACGAAGUCGUGUCGCAUGAUGGCGAGAUAGGCAUGGGAUAUCCGGCGGAGGAUGAAGGCUUCGAGUUGGUUGACUAUGUCCACGUCCACGCAUGAUCCUGUCAUCGGUAUUUUGCCUGUUUCGUUUGUACUUUGGCACUGCAUGGAGUUGGUUGGUCUGCUUGUGAAUAUUGGUUAUAGUUUUGGUGAUUUUUGGUCGGCGCUGAUGAUGAUCUCGAUGAUGUUUCUGCGCUGCUUCAUUCCUAGACUGCAUCCUGCUAUUAUUAUUAUUAUAUUAUUAGUUUUGGUUAUAUCAUAAUGUAUCUCGAUAUGAUGUCGUCUGUUAUAAUUGAUAUGAGUCAACUUCUGGUCGCA